AAAUUUGUAUGGUUUUUAAAUUAUUAUUUGAAUAUAUUUUGAUAAUUUGGAAAUUAUUAGUUUGCUGUUCUAUUGUAAGUUAUAAAGUUAAUUAGAAAGGAGCUGUUAAGAAAGAAAGUAAAUUAUUAUUGUUUUAGGAUAAGAUGCCUCCCAAGAAAAAAGAUGAAUUGAAAUAGAUUUUACCUAUUUACAAUGCAGAUAAAGCUGCUCCACUCUUUUGGAAAUAUUAACAAUAUUCAUUAGAAGAUAGAUAAUUGUUUGAUGCGUUUUUCUUGAACUUUUAAAAGGAAUUAUAAAUAAAAAUGACAGAUAAUAUAUACACAAAUAUGGAAUUUCUCUGUUAGAGUAUAGGAAGCAAAAUUCAUCCUCUUUUUAAACAGGUUACUUUAGAUGAAUAGAUAGAAACGAAAACAUUAAAGCAAAUAGAUUUGGAAGACUAAAAAAAGCAAUUAGAGGCAGAAAAUAUUGCUAAAAGCUCAAAAAAUGUGAAGAAUUAAAUUUAGCCUUAAGUGGAUCAAAAAAAUUAAAAAAAAGAUGAUUAAAAGGGAAAUGCAGUAACUUCUGGCAAAGAAGAUUAAAAGAAAGGAACAAAAAAGGAUGAAAAUAUUCAGCAAGGAGGAAAAGAUCCAAAAAAACUAACAGAAUUAGAGCUAUAGGAAAGCGAAGAAGAAAUAAAGCAAGAAAUGCUACCUUACUUACUGAUAAGCACUCAAAGGAUAGAUUAUCUAACUAUGAAAAUGAUCAUAUUUUAGCUUCCAUUCACCAAUAUAAAUACACUAAAAUUGCAUAAUAAUAUGUUUGAUGAUGAAACUCUUGAAUUACUCAUUUCGUUCUUUAAUUCUGAUGUGAGCUAGAAAAUUAAGAAGUUGUUUUUUGAGUGGAAUAAUCUAAUUUCUUCAUAGAAGAGAACUUUAUUUUUCUAAACUGUUUCCAAAUCUAUUUAUAUUGACAAUUUAAUUCUAAGAUGUAACAGUCUAUAAGAUGAAAUGACUACAAUUAUUUCUUAAUAGCUGAUUCCAAGUACCACAGCUCAAAGCUCUAACAUUAAAUUUCUUGACCUAUAUGAUAACUAGAUAGGAAUUUAAGGAUUUCAGUAAUUGGGCAAAAUGAUAUACAAAAAUAAGAGUUUAACUACUUUAGGUUUAUGUAAAAAUGGAAUAUCUAAUGUUUCUGAAAUUGAAUAAAUCUUGAUAAGUAUAGGAAAAUACCCUAUGAGCGAGGAGUAAUAUUAAGCAUACAGAAAUUCAGAAAAAGAAAGAGAUCAGAUUAUAGAACGCAAUAAAAAGCUUAAAGGAAAAAAAUUAUUAGAAGCAGAGCCUGUCCCAGAACUAGAAGCAAUUGAAUAGAUAACUGAAAAUAAAUGGGCAAUUACGAGGAACAACACUUUGUCUAUGCUGAAUUUGUCAUUAAAUUAGUUGAAUGAUGAGUCAGUUGAAAGAUUUGAGAACUUUUUGCAAGUCGUACAUGAUAAUUUUUAAGUUAUAUUGAGCUUCAAUAACUUUGAGUAGAGAUCAAAGGAAAGACUUAAAAAAAAAUUUAAUAAAAAAAUUGCUUUGUGAGAGAAAAAAUUCUUUUUUAAUAAAGUUAGUUAUUACAUGCAAUUUUUGAGAGUUUUUCAAAAACUUGUAAGCGAAAAUUUAAUGUUUGAAAACCAAUUUUGCUUCUGUAAAUUUUGUUCUUUUUUUAAAUACAAAAAUAUUUAUUUGUUAGUUUAUAUAGUUCUUUAUUUUAUAAAAAUUGUUUAAUUUUCUAUGGUAAAAAGUAUCAUAUAUUUUUACAUCAAAUAUUUAUUAGAAAUCCAUUUAGCCCUUAACAUUCAAAUUAUUUUUUUGUUUUUGAUAAAGAAUUUGUUACAUUCUAAGAUAUUUUUCGG